AUGUCCGACAACGGCACUGAAGAUGUCCGCUUCUGCAAGGAAAAGUUCCCGCAGCCGGGCGACUGCGUGGUGGUUGUUGUCGGAAAGACCACCGAGAAUGGCGUCCACGUUAAGCUCCUCGAAUACGGCCAAAUCGACGGCCUUAUCCGCAGGGAGGAUAUUGCUCCCUGUAAAGUUGUGAUUGCCCGGGAGGGUAAGAACGAGGUCGUCAAGGUUCUCAGUGUCAACGCUGAGACUGGCCACAUCGAGCUAUCGAAACUUCAAGUCACCGACGACGAGCACAAAAAGUGCGACGACAAAUACCACAGAGCAGUAACCGCCGACGGGGUGCUUCGCUACGUCUCUGACCAGACCGAGAUUGAAGUCUCGGUGGCACAGCUGUAUGAAGAUAUUGGCUGGCCGCUCGUCGAGAAGUAUGGUAGCUUGUACGAUGCGUUUAUCGCUAGCAAGAAGAACGACCAAGUCUGGCAACCCUUAACCUUUGCCGCACCCGAGGUCCUCUCCGCACUCAUCGCCUGCGUUAAUAUCCGCAUCUCUCCCAAUCCUAUCAAGCUCUACGCCGAGAUAGACGUUCUCUGCAACGGCUACGGCGGAAUCGAUGCCAUAAAGAGCGCCCUUUUUGCUGGUGAGGCCAUGGGCACCGACAUCGUGCCCAUUAAGACGCGCUAUAUUGCCGCGGCGCGGUAUAAAAUCGGCUCUGAGAGGUGUUAUGACCGUGUGUUGGGGCUCGAGACGCUGGCCAAUGCUGUCGACGCGGUUAAGGAGGUGAUUAGGAGAGAGGAGGACGGGGAGUGCAAUGUAAGGAAGUGGCCAGAUGUGAGCGCGGAGGAGAAGAGCUUGCUUGGUUGGAGGUUGAGCCAGCUGGUGAAGGAGGCGGAGGAGGCAGAUUGGGAGGAUGAGGCAGAUUGGGAGGAGGAGGCGGAGUAUAUGGGUUGGGAGGAGGAGGUGGAGUAUAUGGAUUGGGAGGAGGAGGCGGCGAGGGAGAGGGAGGAGGUUGAUGAUGAGGAAGUUGAGUUUACGGAGGAGAACUAG